AUAAUAAAAGGGAUUGAGCGAGAGUUUUUAGAGAGUCCACGUAGGACAGAAUAAUUAGCCAAUCAGAGACUCUUUUUUUGACACGUCAUUAUGACUGCUUUCGUAUGGGCUUAAUUGUUCAGAUUUCGUAUGGGCUCUAUUGUUUUGUAUGGGCUUCAUUGUUCAGAUUAUCCUGCAGCCCAUCUUAUAAUGCCCAUAAAUCUGAUCUCUCUUCCAACGUUGAGAGCUUUCUUCCGACUCUUCCACCUCCGACUUUUCCACUUCAUCUUCUCCAACGCCUGCCUUUUUUCCCACUACGUUCUCAAUCAAUUACACUGUUAAAGAUGAUCUUCAAUGUUGUGAUUCAUCUUCCCUUUACUUCUCUUAUAUAUAGUUCUAUCCCUAAACCUAAUUGUACCCUAAAUAAAAAAACCUACUCUGCAAAAAAAAAAAUCUACGGCAAUGAAAUCCGCCGUAAAGUCUCAGCUUACCACCGGAAAAGCUCCCCUCGCCAUGUAUUUCAAUGACAUCUCUCGAGGACUAUCAGAGUCACAGCUCCGAUUUCGAGUAAUCCACUUUUGGGAGGCAAAAAAUAUAGCGAAUAGGACCCUCAUUGGGAUAGAGCUCCUGCUCAUCGACGAACAGGGGACUGUGAUGCAAGGAUUUAUUUCCUCUUCUCGUGCUCCAACGUACCUGCCUCAUCUGAAAGCAGGAGCAACUUACACCCUUCAGAAUUUUUUGGCUGCCACAAGCAAGGAGAUUUACCGCGUCGCUGAUCAGAAUUUAACAAUUUCAUUCUCGAACGGCUCUGUUCUUGCUCCUCUCGACGACAUCCCCGUCUCCGUCUCUUUUCCAACCGACAGGUUCAGGUUCCACACACAUGAGGAUUUCCAAGCUCACCGUGGUCUCAGGGGCGAUCUCUACGAUGUCGUUGGCCACUUGAGGCUGGUGAAUGGUCAGUCUCUCAUUGACCGCCCCGUCCUUGACGAAGCCGAAGUAAUCAGCACGCGUCGUAUUUUGGUUCAUUUGCAAUCAAAAGAUGAACCUGUUAUGAAGCUCUACCUUUGGGACCAGGCUGCAAAGGACUUUUACAAGAAAUUCACAUCCAGUGAGGACACUCCCACCGUUCUUUUGGUCACGACCGUUAACCCAAAAGUUAUAGCAGGUAAUUUAGCUCUCAGUUCGAUGGCCUCCUCCCGUGUCUUUAUAGACAAAGAUAUUCAGCCCACGAUUGAUUACUUCAGCUGGUUGGGUUCUAACCCAGAGAUUGCAAAGCGGGUAAAUGCAGAUGAGGUUACUAGGUCUGAGACAAUGACAAUUGGGCAGAUCUAUGCUUACAUCAAGCAGGAAAAUGCCAAGGAAGCUUCUUUCGACUGCAUAGCCACAAUUGAUGAUGUUAAGCGUGACAGUGCAUGGUACUAUAUUGGCUGCAGCGGUUGUCAAACAAAGGCCACCAGAGGUCCUUCUUCGUUAAUGUGCGCCAAGUGCGGCAAAACUAAUGUGUCUGGUGUAGCAAAGUAUCUCGCAAAGAUCUCUGUCUAUGACAAAAAUGACCAGGCUGUUUUUGUCCUUCUUGGUGAUGCAGGAAGUGAGUUGACAGGAAAGAAUGCGGCAGAAUUGGUUAACAACUACUUUGAGGCUAAUCAAGACCUUGGUGCUGGCCAUCAGAUGCCUGUCCCCCAAGCAUUACUCGACACCAUUGGCCAAACACAUAAGUUCAGGGUCAAGGUGUCUAAGCUCAACUUGACAGGCAAGAUUCAGGCCAUAACCGUUACGAAGAUUGUCUCAUCAGAGGUUCUGCCACCUGUGCCAACUCCAACUGAAAUCCCACAUGAUGUGGAAGAUGAAGUUGCCUUGCCUUCUGCAAUUGUCAUUGAUGGCUCUGGAUUCAAAGCUGAUGAUGCGGACGGAAGUACCAGCAGCAUGGAUGAAUCACGCAAGGCUAAGCGUCCCAAACAUGGCAAAUAG